CAAAAAUCAAAACACCAUUGUUUCACAAUCCGAAAAGCUUCUUUGUUUGUUUGAUUGUUUGAAUCAUUAUUUUGGUUUAUUUCUACGGUGUGGUGUGAACAUUCAUACAUUGAGUGAGCGAUGGCGAAGAGGACGGCGUUAUUAGUUCUGUGGCUGGCGGCGGUGUCGGUGGAGGAAUGCCGGAGUUGGGGUGAGAACGCUAAGGAGAGAGUGAAUCUAGCGGCGGAGAACGCUAAGGAAACGACUGAUUCUUGGGCUGAUUGGGCUGUCAACAAGUUGCCAACUGGAUUUGGAUUCAAUCAGGAGAGUGCAAAGGAGGCAGCUCAAAGCGUGAGAGAUAGAGCUGGGGAUGCUGCAUCGAAGGCCACAGAGACUAUGAAUUCGGCAGCAUCAGAAGCGUCGAGGUGUGCUUCACAAAAGGCUGGUGAGGCAGCAAACUUGGCCUCUGAAAAAAUGGGCACAGCAAGGAACUUUGCUUCUGAGAAUGCAGAUAAAUCCAUGAAUGUGGCUUCAGAUAUGGCCGGUGAUGCCCAAGAAAGAGGAAAAGAUAAAGCAUCUGAUGCCUAUGCCUUUGCCUCUGAGAAGGCGGGUGAAGCCAUGAACAUGGCUUCGGAUAUGGCCAGCGCUGCCAAAGAGAGAGUAAAAGAUAAAGCGUCUGAUGCCUAUGGCUUUGCCUCCGAGAAGGCAGGUGGAGCCAUGAACAUGGCUUCAGAUAUGGCCAGUGAUGCCAAAGAGAAAGGGAAUAAUAGAGCUUAUGAUGCAAAUGCUUAUGCCUCUGAUAAGGCAGGAGAAGCCAUCAAUCAGGCUUCUGAUAUGGCUGGUGAUGCCAAAGACAGUGGGAAAGAUAAAGCAUAUGAUGCCUAUUCUUUUGCCUCUGAUAAGGCAGAUCGAGCCAUGAAUCUGGCAUCUGAUAUGGCCAGUGCCGCCAAAGAUACAAUCAAAGACAAGGCGUCUGAUGCCUAUGCCUUUGCCUCAGAUAAGGCAGAUCAAACUAUAAAAAUGGCUACAGAUAAGGCCAGUGAUGCCAAGGAGACGGUGGAAGGAGCAGCAUCGCAUGGGAAAGAUAAAGCAUUUGAUGCCUAUGAUGAAGCUAACUUGAAGGUUAGCGAAACAUAUAGGUCAGCUGAGGAAAGAAUGACCAAUCAGGCCAAGGAAAACUAUGAGGCUGCUAAAGAGAGGGUUUCACAAGCUGCAGGCAAUCUGGGAGCAAGGAUAAGAAAAGAGACAGCAGAGCUAUGAAGCAGUUAACUGCACGAAAGUGGAACUACCAGUUUCUUGAAGCCUUCUGUGAGUCAGCUACUGUGAUUUUGUUUCCCUUAGUUCUUAUAAGAUCUUUCCUACCGUAUAUUUUUAGAUUUCAUAAUUUCUUUUGUGAAAGCUUAUUUUGGUUUGUCAUUUCCCUUCUUAAAAAACAGUAAUAAGUAUGUCCUGGAGCAGCCUCCAGAUCUGCUCUGUGUAUGUUUGCCCUCAAGGAUCUCGUCAUUUCCAGAAGGCUGUUAUCUUUCUAUAAGGUGUUAUUGCAAAAAUUUAUGCCACUGAAUAACAUUACCUUCCUGUUGUCACAUUCUCAUUGCUGAAUUGGCGUGUAC